AUGGACCAAGAGCCGUUCCGCAAAGACAUUUUCAGAGGAGAAUCCAUGAAAAUGGUGCGACAAAGGAAAAGAAAGCCGGAUGGCAGUGAGGCGAUGCUGUCGACGAUGGAAAGACACCGAAAGGGUGAGGAGGUUGAAGGAUUCCUCAACACGAUCGAGACGGCUCUAUGUCCGAUGCGAAAUGAAGAUGGUCCAUUCUCGGCCCUGGCCUCUGCUCAUCUCCCAUUCUAA